AUGUCUAUACGAAAAGUUGCACAAGUCGAUGUCCGAGACAGGAAUCGAACUCGGAUUGUUCGCGUCGUUUGCACCGUUCGUGCUGUUCGUGCUGUUCGUGCUGUUCGCGCCGUUUGCACCGUUCGUGCUGUUUGCGCUGUUCGUGCCGUUCGUGCUGUUCGCGCCGUUUGCACCGUUCGUGCUGUUCGUGCCUUUCGCGCCGUUCGCGCUGUUCGUGCCGUUCGUGCUGUUUGCGCUGUUCUCGCUGUUGGUGCUGUUCGCGCUGUUCGUGCUGUUCGUGCUGUUCGCGCUGUUCGCGCUGUUCGCGCUGUUCGUGCUGUUUGCGCUGUUCUCGCUGUUGGUGCUGUUCGCGCUGUUCGUGCUGUUCGCGCCGUUUGCACCGUUCGUGCUGUUUGCGCUGUUCGUGCCGUUCGUGCUGUUCGCGCCGUUUGCACCGUUCGUGCUGUUCGCGCCGUUCGUGCCGUUUGCACCGUUCGUGCCGUUCGUGCCUUUCGCGCCGUUCGCGCUUUUCGUGCCGUUCACGCCGUUAGC